UAUCUCCUCUCUUCCAUUAAUCAAAUCACAAAAAGAUUUUCAGACUCUGAAAACCACUCAGUCUGGAGAACAUGUUUAGCCCUUUCAGCUGUGGCAAUUUUAGCCAAGUAGAUGAUGAUGAACCCGUUACUGCUAGUCCAUAUUCGACCACGAAAAAAUCAAGAUCAAGAAGAAGCAGUAGUCUAUUACAUAGAAGCAAUAGCAGGGACAACAAGAACCCCUAUGCAAAUGUUGGCCUUGAGAAGUUCUCUGCAGUUAUGGCCGAGCUAGAAGAGAAGAGGCGGCAGAUCUAUGCACAAACAGGCUCCCAAGAUGAAACCUUAGUUCACUUCGUGUACAAGAAACCAGAUGACAGUGUUCCUGUCCCGAUUGUGGUUAUUCUCAAGGACAAGAAGGAUGACAAAACCAAGAGUGGUGUUAGUAGUCCUGAUCGAGAUGAAAAGCAUGUUGUGAGUACCCCCCGGACUACAGAAGCCUUAGGUAAUAAGUUUAAGACCAUUGAAGAAAUCAAGAAACCCGGGAUGGUUUCCGAUAAGUUAACUAAGAAAAGGGUGUACAAGAAGUGCUCGGACAUGUGGAUGAUGCCGAGUUUUUAUCUUCCAGUGGCUGUGAUAUUCAUUCUGGUACUGUUGGCCGUGUUUGGGAGAUCGAUUGCGAUUUUGUGUACCUCUAUUGGGUGGUACGCAGUUCCGACGUUGAAAGAAUACCAGAGCCCAAACACUAGUACAAGAUCAAGAGCAACGACGAAGAAAGACGAAGUUAGAAGAUUGAGCGACAAAAAGAUGGUAGCUGAUCAUGGAUUGUUAUCUUCUCCAAAAACAUAACAAGAUGCUGGCCAGCAGAGAAGCUGUUGACGAUUAUUGACUUUCGUGUUUCUUGAUUGUCAGACUAUUUUGCCCUAUUCCCCUUUGUCACAAAAAGAUAAAGUGGGAGAGAGAGAUACUGAGGUCACCGGAGAGUUUGCUGGAAUCUUAUCGGACUUUUCCGGAACCUCACCGGAGGUUGCAGGUCGUCGGUGGUCCAAGGGGAAGUCUUCGGAGAUCUCAUAAAAAAUUUAGAAUGUUUAUUGACGCCCAAUAAAAGUUAAUUGACCCUUAAUAAAGGUUUAUUGAUCC